GCUCUCUGCCAGCAGAUGGCGCUAACCCGCCCCAUUACGCUAAAUAAAGCCUUUUCCUGCCUGAACAGAUCUGUUCAGGAAGAAGAAAUGAUGGCGACUCUUGUAGGGUCCGACUUUACUUGUACUGGAAGUAAACGAAGAAACCGCAACACAAAUAUAGUCACGAGGUUCAUGUCCAGUAAAGUCAUCGGAACGGGUUUCAGUCGAGGAACACAGCUCCCCGGAGGCCUGUUGCAGGAGAGAGAUAAACAUGCCAAGUGGCAUGGCAUCCCCGUCUUGCUUCAGAAGCUCUACGAGAGCAGCCAUCCCAACAGUGACCUCUCCCACGCUCACAGCUUUCUCAAGGUCUUAUCCUCACAGCUCUCUAUGGAGGCCAUGUCGUUUGUCACGGAAGACCGGAAGAGCGCUCAGGAAUCCACCUUCCCCAACACAUACACCUUUGACCUCUUUGGUGGAGUGGAUCUGCUGGUGGAAAUCUUGAUGAGGCCCACACUGACCAUGCAGAAGAAGAUGCCUAAAAGUGAGUGGGACCAACAUCUGAAAGUGAACGAUGACCUGGUCAAAGACUGCCUCAGUGUCCUGUACAACUGCUGUAUAUGUACCGAGGGAGUUACCAAGAGCCUGGCAGCGAGGGACGACUUAGUCCUGUUCCUCUUCACCCUGAUGACAAACAAGAAGACCUUUCUGCAGACCGCUACCCUAAUAGAAGAUAUUCUGGGAGUGAAGAAGGAAAUGAUCCAGUUGGAAGGAAUCCCCAACCUGUCGGGCCUGGUCCAAAGCUUCGACCAGCAGCAGCUGGCCAACUUCUGUCGCAUCCUGUCCGUCACCAUCUCAGAACCCGACAUAGGAAAUGACGACAAGCACACGCUACUGGCCAAAAACGCACAGCAUAAACGUAACUCUAGUCCGUCACGGGCUGAGGUCAACCAAGUGACGAUUCUGAGCAUCCCCGGCUUCAUCGAGCGGCUCUGUAAGCUGGCCACCAGAAAGGUUUCUGAAGCCACUGGAGCUAACUUCCUGCAGGAGCUGGAGGACUGGUACACCUGGCUAGACAAUGCUCUAGUGCUCGAUGCGCUCAUGCAAAUGGCCACCGAGGAGGCGGAGCAAAGUAGUACAGAGUCGUCGGACGAGAGCUCUCUGGCCACCAGCCCCCUGAGACACAGACUACCACAGUCUAUGAAGAUUGUCCAUGAGAUUAUGUAUAAGGUGGAGGUGCUCUAUGUGCUCUGCGUUCUCCUCAUGGGUCGACAGAGGAAUCAGGUCCAUAAGAUGCUGGCAGAGUUCCGUCUCAUCCCAGGACUCAACAACCUGUUUGACAAGCUCAUCUGGAGGAAAUACGCGGCCUCCAACCACGUGGUGCACGGCCAGAAUGAGAACUGCGACUGUAGUCCAGAAAUAUCCUUUAAAAUCCAGUUCUUGCGACUCCUUCAGAGCUUUAGUGAUCACCACGAGAACAAGUAUCUCCUCCUCAACAACCAGGAGCUGAAUGAACUGAGCGCCAUCUCCAUGAAGGCCAACAUCCCAGAGGUGGAGGCUCUGGUCAACACAGACAGAAGUUUAGUCUGUGAUGGAAAGAAGGGCCUCCUCACGCGCCUUCUCACCGUCAUGAAGAGGGAGCCUCCCGACUCGUCCUUCAGGUUCUGGCAGGCACGAGCGGUGGAAAGCUUUCUCAGAGGAGCUACAUCCUACGCAGAUCAGAUGUUCCUCCUGAAGAGGGGCCUGCUGGAGCACAUCCUGUUUUGUAUCAUCGACAGCGGCUGCACAUCUCGAGAUGUCCUUCAAAGCUACUUCGAUCUCCUCGGUGAACUCAUGAAGUUCAACAUUGAUGCUUUUAAGAGGUUCAACAAAUAUGUCAACACUCCAGAAAAGUUUCAGGCCUUCCUGACGCAGAUCAACAGCUCUUUGGUGGACUCCAACAUGCUGGUCCGCUGCAUCGUCCUGUCUUUGGACCGCUUUGAGAACCAGACCGAAGAUGUCAAAGUGAUGGAGGUGCUUUCUCAGUGCUGCUUGCUGUCUUAUGUGGCCAGAGUUGAGAACAGGCUGUCCUUCCUCUUCAGACUCGUGAACAUCAUCAACGUGCAAACUCUCACUCAGGAGAAUGUCAGCUGCUUAAACACCAGUUUGGUGAUCUUGAUGCUGGCCAGGAGAAAGGCUAAACUACCCCCUUAUCUAAUCGCCCUGCGGGAGAAAGAGUAUGCUGAGAAGUACCCCGGAUGCCUGCUCAACAACUUUUACAACCUGCUGCGCUUCUGGCAGCGCCACUACCUCAACAAGGACAAAGACAGCACCUGUCUGGAGAACAGCUCCUGUAUCCCGUUCAGCUACUGGAAGGAGACGGUGUCGGUGCUGCUGGCCUCAGACAGGACUUCUCAGAGUGCCAUAGUGAGUUACAUUGAUGAGCCUUUUGUGGAUCUGGACAGAGACCUGCUGGAAGAUUGACCUCCAGGCCGGUGGGGAUGCAGAUGGUUGCAGGGAGAACGGACCCCUACAGCCGGUGCCGAGCCUUGGGUGGGUGUAGUUGGUGACUGCGUUUUGGGAAUGUUCACACCAUGAAAACCUCUUCCUGUUUUCAUCGACGGAGGAACCACGGACACGUCUGAGACGGCACACGGACAUCCGAUAGAAGCUUUUAUAUAAUCUAUACAGAAUUCUAUAAAAAUGUGUAUGAUGGAACAAAUGUAUGUAAGAUGAAAUGUUUUCACUUGAACUUAAUGUGGAAACAAGCCCAGAUAUGCAGGAUGGUGUGUGUCAGUCACCAGCCUCACUCUCGCACUACUCCCGUGAUCUCCGACGUCACCCCUCGCCCGAGGGGCGGUUGUUGGUGGGUCAGCUUUAUUAAGUGGCUACUGUUGAUUGUUGCUUCCUGGUUCUGCUCGGCCCGUUUUGUUAGUGAUCGGGUUGGCUCAUGUCUCUUAAAGGGUUCCUCCAGGUGUGUUGUGGCUUCAGAAGCUUCAGCCAGGGACUGCUCUUCUCCAGCUGGUUUCUGUUGUUGAGAACAACGGUUUUUAGCUCUGGAGAAACUGUAGAAUAAAAGGUUGCACAGAAUAACUGUUUUUACUGUUUAAUAUAUGUUAACUCAUUUGUUCAUUAAAAGGUUUUCAUUCAGAAAGAUUUCACGUGAGAGAUGCUCUAGAGAGAAAAUAAACAAUGCAGGUGCUAGUAUUGAACACCGUUGGAUGUUCAUUCUGCCUCAGCACAGAAGAGCCACCAUCUACGUAGUUUUCAUUGUGUCUUGAAGGAAAACAAAUCAGUUGUAUUAAAAUGAAAUGACCUCAGAGAGAGCUGUGGCUGGCACACGAGUGCUUUUAGUCACUAGUAGCCGGUUUGCCUUCUAACGUCUUUCCUCGGGUCUAAACUGAGAGGGAAUUCAUACAAAUAUUCCUGUUCAGUUUGUUUUCUAAUUAAAAACCUGUAAUUUCUGA